ACCUAUAUUUACGCCCGGUUUGUCUCGCAUUCCCAGGAUAUGAGCGGAAGUUUAGUGUUGCUCAUUUCAUAGAUGUGUCUCUACGCAAACUAAAGUGCCAUCUUAACUCCUAAAAACUUAUUCCAUAGUCCGUUUUUGCUUGGCAAUGUCCACAACUAAGAGAGCUUUACUCAUUGCCAGUCCUUUCGGAGGACUUCAAGGUCCGCUGAAUGAUGUCAAUAGGAUGACAGAGCUUCUUCAGGCAUUUAGAUUCGACAUCACUCAAUGUUGUGGCAAAGAUGCGACUCGAGAUGGAAUUCGAACUUCAUGGCAGAAUAUCAUCGACAAGAGCUCGUCUGGAGACACGGUUGUUAUUUACUAUUCCGGACACGGGGGACUGGUCGAGACACGGCAAAACCUGGAGACAGAAGACAAGAGGGUUUGCCAAUCACCGAAUCAAUAUCAAUUCCUCGUACCGUUCGACUUCAAUGAAACCACCGAUGAAGAUUUCAAGGGCAUAUUAGACAUCGAGAUAGCCCACAUGCUCCGGGACACCACGGACAAGUCUACCAAUGUGACCAUCAUCCUCGACUGCUGCCACUCUGGCCGAAUGGCGCGCGAUGAGACCCACGGUGACAAUGCGACCCCCAAGCAGUUGCUUGAGGUUCAACAUCAUGACAUAGUCAAAUGGGUCGAAACUCUGAAGCAGAAGGGCUACCUUGGUGGAGACACCGCUAUCGAAGGGAACCAGGAUGCAGUUCGAAUAGCCGCCUCUGCUACAAAAGAAACCGCCUGGGAAUAUUUCAAAAACGGCCAGUGGGGCGGUAUAAUGACAGAGGCCCUUGUCCGUGCGAUGGAAGAAACAGAUGGUCAAGACAUUUCAUGGAGAACGUUGCUAAUCCGGGUCCGCGAGCUCGUGCAGGUGGAUUUCCCACAGCAGCAUCCUCGGGCGGAGGGCCCAGAUACCCGGGUGUGUUUUGAAUUGACUCAGAAGUCGUCUGAAGCAUUCUUCAUAACAAUUGAAGAAGAAACUGCUGUCCUCCAGGCAGGUCGAGUGGCUGGAGUCCGCGAAGGCAACAAAUACAUCAUCAUGCCUUUUGGCUCGACUAAAAUAGACAACCGAAAUCAGAUUGCAAAAGCUACUGUAACACACAUCAUUGGGUUUAAAGCGCUAGUUGACCUGGAGUUCGAGUCAGUGGGAGGAAGCCUGCCCGAAAACGGAGCGUUGGCUUUCUUGUGCCAAGAAGCUCUCUACGAAUGGCCGUUCAUAUUGCCGGAAGGCCUUCCGGGCCUCGCAGACGCCGUGAAAGGUUCGAAGUUCCUGAGACGCUACAAUCACCAAAAAGAUCCAUCCCAUCUCGCCGAGUUCCAACAAGAAGCCGGAAGGAUCACCUUACAUACCCAGAAGGGAGUACAGAUCGCAUCGCGACAGAUCCUUGAUAACCAAAUUACUUCUGCUACUGGUUUUGCCGAAAUUAUACGGGACGCUGAGAUUCUUGCUAAAGCGCAACACCUCCUGAGGCUGAGAUGUGAAAACCCACAAGAAGUCCUAAACCACGGACUGAAAGUGGAGUUCGGAACGGUACACCAAGGGAAUUCGGGGCGACCUAUCGAGCAAGAUGGCAGCGGCUUCAUAACAGAGGGAGAUCGUAUUUGUGUUUCGCUUCACAACACUGGCAAGGACAUUGUAUACGUGUCGGUCUUCGACGUCAACGUCGCCGGGAAAAUCUCAUUGCUGUCUACAUCCAGCCCAAUGGGAAUUUUGUUGCAAUCUGGCGAGUCCUACACUCUAGGGAAGAGUCAGUUCGGGGAUGUGCUCAAGGGCAUGCAAACUGCAUGGCCGAAAUCUGUGCCAAGAAGCAAGAGAGUCGAUGAGCGGUUGAUCUUGGUGCUAUCUAACGCGGAGGUCGAUCUCAGACAUCUGGCUACCUCGGCUGAAUCAGCAAACCGACUCGCGACUCUCACCUCGAGAAGGUCAAGUCUUGAAAGUCUGGAGGAGGUCACAUAUCAUAUUGCGUCAGGGGCAAAAAGGGACGUCAUACACGAAGCGCGAGAGUCUCCAAUGCAAUUUGACAUAUACGAUAUCCCCUUCUCCAUGGUUUCUGUCACAGAAGGAGAAUCUGAACAACGAUCCAUUCCAGCAGUGCAACUCCCAGCACCAGAGAUGAGAACGGGGUGGGAAACCAUACCAGUCCACCCGUCGCAUGCAGCGGAGAAGGGAAUCUUCGGCGCAGGUCUUCGAGCAUUCGAGGGCAUACCACCUUGCGUGUGGGUAGUAAAUCGGCAUAACGAGGACAUCACAGUUGUCGUCUCGAAGUAUCGCCCAAAUCGCUUAUUAUCAGGUUUCGGCCUCAGCGCGUCGAGCACUGGCGGGGGUGCAAAUUACAGUACUACGACAUUCCUGAGUCCAGCGACUACAAAGACUCUCGCUUCUUCAAGUGAUGAUAGCACUUCUUCCAUGGGUGUUUUCCCGCUUUGGACUCGCAAGGGUGGGUUUGGAGUUAUUAGUAUCUUUACUGGUGCAGAGAAGAAGCUGUUCAUUGAGAACGACAGAAUCCCGAUAGGGGCCACAGCCUACUUUACAAACAAACCAGAUUUGACGAUUGUGGGCUACAAAGAGAAUCAGAUUAAUAUCCCGCUUCCCGAGUCUUCAGAAUCAGGCGGCGCCGGGUCCGGUUUGCGGCUACUCAGCCUGGACGGCGGUGGGAUCAGAGGUAUCUGCAGUCUAACAAUCCUGGAUGCCAUCAUGAAGGAAAUUAAUAAGGGCCGCCAAUCGAAGAAGCUUCCAAAAGAGUGUUUCGAUCUCGCCGGUGGAACCAGCACAGGCGGACUGAUUGCACUGUUGCUGUUCCGACUGGAACUGGAUACCGAGAAGGCAAUCAACGUAUACACGACGAUGGCUAAGAACGUCUUUAGCCCGAGGCUCCCCAAGUUGUUGGGAGGUUACAAUCUUCAUGAGUGGGGCAAACUUGGCUACUACAUCGGUAAUCCCUACUUGAGAUUUAAAUCCCUCAUUCUCCCUUCUUACUUUUCGGACUAUUACCUGAAGACGGCCAUUGACAAAGUUAUGGAGGAUAAGAACGAAAGUGGUCAAAGUGAACUCCUCAAACCUGGAACCACACCUAUGUUCAUGUGUGCUACUAGCACCCACCACGAAUGUGCUAAGCUAUUUCGCUCAUAUGUCCCCUUGUCGGGCAUCGAAGACAAAUUUGCACAUAUCACAGUAAGAGAUGCCGCCCUUGCCACGUCCGCUGCUCCAACCUACCUACCUAAAGUCAAGGUUAUGGAGGAAGAAUUCUGGGAUGGCGGCCUCCUCAACAAUAACCCCAUCAACCAAGUCUGGGAUGCCCGGUAUGAACUUGAUCAAACCAUUGAAAGAAAGCCUGUUCCGAAUCCGCCAAAAGUUUCCUGCAUUGUAAGCAUUGGGACAGGGCGCGAUAAGAUGCCAGUACAACAACCCGGUUAUGGAUAUCUCAACACCGUCAGCACAGUUGUCUCGUAUGCGACUAACACGGAGGCAAAACACCAGGACUUCGAUCAUAAGAUCAAAAUGUUAAAUUCUAGGUCAGGGGGCGAAGAAAUUCCUUACUUCAGAUUCAAUGUGGAAUUGGAACAGGAGAUAAGUCUUGACGAUUGGCAGAGUAUGUCAACACUGAAGGCCAUAACAGAGAAGCAACUGCGGACCAAAGAGUGGGACAAAUUGAUACAAGAGUGUGCGAAUAGCCUUGAGCCCAAAUCUUAGCAGGUUACUAUAUUCUUCCACUUACUAUUAGCAGCAUAUAUUAUAACUGGUUUUAAACACUUAAUAUUUUUAUAAUAAUAUAG